AUGGAGGAACUACGGUCCAAGCUGGACAGUGCAACGAUGGACAUACUAGAGGACCGUGAGGAAUAUGACUCGGGAACGGAGUGCAUAAUUAGAGCAGUUCAGGAAUCAGCCGCAAUUGAUAUUGCAGAAGUCAUCACAGCCACAGCAUCAGACCCAGAACUACAAAAGCUCAUAGAAUUCAUCACAAAUGAUAGCUGGAAUCAGGGGGAUUUGAAAGAGUAUAUGCCGUUUCGCCUGGAGUUUUCCUAUGUAAACAACCUAGUGAUGCGUGGAACAAAACUCGUAAUACCCAAAGGCUUGCGUUCUCGAAUGUGUCAGCUAGCUCACGAGGGACACCCGGGUCAGUCGAUGAUGAAAAGAAGACUACGGGAAAGAUGCUGGUGGCCAGUAAUUGAUAAAGAUGCCAUAAAGACAUGUGAAACGUGUGAAGGGUGUCAACUGGUACAAACAUCGAAUCCUCCUGAGCCCAUGAUGCGUCGUAUUCUUCCGGAGAAACCUUGGGUCGAUGUUGCAAUUGAUUUUCUUGGACCUAUGCCAACGGGGGAAUACCUUUUAGUAAUCGUCGAUUAUUUUAGCCGUUACAUGGAAAUCGAGGUCAUGCAACGAAUUACAGCACAAGAAACUAUUAAGCGGUUGAAACGAAUUUUUAGGACAUGGGGCCCUCCUAGAACAAUAACUCUAGACAACGCAAAACAGUUCGUGUCAACGGAAUUUGAAGACUUUUCUAGGAACAUUGGAGUACAUCUUAACCAUACAUCGCCUUACUGGCCACAAGCCAAUGGCGAAGUCCAAAGACAGAAUCGCUCACUCCUUAAAAGGAUGAAAAUUGCUCAUGCACUUUACGAUGACUGGAAAGUGGAACUCGAUAGUUUUUUGGAGCUCUACAAUAACACUCCACAUACUAUAACUGGGAAAGCACCUAGUGAACUACUUCAGGGGAGGAAAUUGCGAUCUAAGCUUCCCCAAAUUGAAGACUUUGAAACAACACCUCCUAGCUCUGAUUUUCGAGAUCGGGAUUUCGAGAAAAAGAUGCUACAGAAAGAGCGGGAAGAUACCAGGCGUAGAGCAAAGCCAAGUGACAUCUCAGUGGGGGAUGUUGUUCUUAUGAAAAAUCUGCUCCCGUCGAACAAACUGGCAACUAACUUCUUGAAAGAGAAGUUCACUGUGUUGAGCAGAAUUGGAUCAAACGUAACCGUGCAAUCCAACGAUACAGGGAAAAAGUAUGACCGCAACGUAUCUCAUUUAAAGAGGCUGUCCCUGCCAUCUGAUGAUAAUAUCGACGAAUCAUCCGGAACCGGAAGUCAACCAGAAGCGGAACCUUCCAGUUCUUCUGCCUAUGGAGAAGACGAGUCUACUAUUCGCCGACCGCAGCGUGUUAUCAAGCCCAGAAGCCGCUACAGUCCAACAAGAUAA